GAGAUUUUUACUUCGGCAAAGAAAGUGCCAGGGGUCGCUAGGCGGAAAGUGGCACCGCUGGGGAAGAGUGCCAGCAGGAGGAGGCCCUUGCUAGUGUGAUGUUGAGGGGGAGCAGGAUCCAAGAAGGAGGCACUGCGUAGGAGGAGAGCGAAAGAAAGACCGAGGCGCAUGGCCAUUACGGUGCAGGUGGCGUGGCUGGCCUGCUUGGCCCUGCUGCAGGCCACGCACGGACUCGCAUCCAAUCCUGGCGCGUCUUACGGGGCUCCGGAGAUUUUGGUUCUUGACAAGGUCUUAAAUGCCCUGGAAGACCCUCUAUCAGGGCGGAAUGGCACCAUGAGAGAGUCCCUGGCAGGCACUCCAGGGCUGGUGGAGAAGGCCGUCGACGGCGUGGGAGUCAUCCUGGACACGCUGGAGGCCGUCCAGGACGAGGGCGGCCCUAAGGGUUCGCUGGCGCCCCCGCCGCUCGGUCGGGGAAAGCGAGCGAAGAGGCAGUCCAUCCCGUACCAGACCUCCACUCCGCCGGGAUUUUAUCAAGUGCAGCCAGGGCCGCAACCGCAGCCAUACCCGCAGACGAGACCCCAACCGUAUCCGCCAGGCUACCCGCAGACUAGGCCUCAACCAUAUCCACCAGGUGACCCCCGGAUCUACCAGCGGCCACCGUGCCCCAUGCCACGACCGCUGUCCCAAGAAAACAGAUGGGAAUACCUCAAACGGAUCGUCAGCGUCCAAAACCAGUGCAGAAUUGCCAACCCCUGCAGGAGGUGCCCGGCCAGACAGAGACAAGAACCCUGCGUCUUUGACUUCGAUACUCUGAUGACUCGCUUGGCCCUCCUCGAAGGCAAACUCAAGAACUUGGCCAAGCUGGAGGCGAGGCUGAAGAUCCACGUGAGCCUCCUGAUGAGUAUCCAAGGCAAUCCUAACUUCCCAGGAGUGCCGGGCGCCAAGGGCCACGCGGGCGAGAAGGGCGAGAAGGGCCAGAAGGGCUUCGCGGGCUUCGCGGGAUCCUCCGGCAACUGCUUCACGCGCCACGUGGACGACGCCAGGCGCGGGCCGCCGGGACCCCCAGGGAGCAAGGGCGAGCCGGGGCAGGCGGGGCCCAAGGUGUGCGGCUGCGACGGCGACAGGGGGGAGCCCGGGCAGCGAGGCGAGGACGUCCAGGGGCCCCGAGGACGCAGGGGGCGCAAGGGCGAUAAGGGCCCUCAGGGACCCUCGGGGCGGCCCUUAGGCUGAGCUCCACCUGUCCGCUUCCUCGGGAUUCGUCUUUCUCCCUCCUUCGUCAUCGUUAGGGUGCUGCAGAUAUGUUUAUUAUGUUUGCUGUUACCCUUUUCUCUCCCUCUCUCUCUCUUUCAUUAUUCUCCUGCACUUCAAUUAUCCUCUUUAUUAAUUAUCCUUCAUAACGUCAUGGUGGCAGAAUACAUGGUGUUUGGCUGCGGCAACUUUUCCGGCAAAAUCUAUUACGUUUCAGCUUCUGUGGACGGAUUAAUUGAAUGAUUCAUUAAUCGACCAAUUGCUUAGCGAAAUAGACUAUUGAAAUGAAAAGAAUUAGGCAGCGAUGGAUGUUUAUAUUUCUUGAAAGAAUAGACUGAAUUAUAUAUCUCACAAAACAGAGCUGGACUUAAUGAUAAUCAUAAAUGAAAUGGAGAAAUAACAAGACAACAUUUUUUUUGUACAUUUUCAUUUCUCUCUUCAUAACUUCUCGUCUUUUUUUUCCUUUUUUGCAAUUAUCAUCUUAUGCGUUUGUAGCAUUUAUUUUCUAGUUUUUGAAAAUACAAUGAACUUUCCCGA